GAUUAUCGUUGCUUUGAUGUAAAAUAAACAUGUUAUUGAAUAAUUCUCAUAUGACGAUAAGCGAGUUUCGAAAAUCCUUCCCUACUUUCGUUUUGAAUUGUUGAAGGGGAAAUGCUGUCAGUUUUAGAAAAUCAGUAUGAGAGUUCGAAAGCAUUAUUUGACAGCCUACGUGUUUCAGCAUAACUUCAUUAUUUUGAUUUCUUUGCUGCAAAGUCAUUACGUUAUGGGAGUUUUGCCUUACCCACAGCUUAGAUUAUAUGCUGGUUCUCGGAAGGACAGUUGCCAAACAGGACAAUACUAUCACAAGGAUACAAAUGGAAGUGGAAAGUGCAGAAAGUGUUUCGUAUGUCCUAAAGGAUACACGGAGCAUUUGCCGUGUUCCAAGACUACCAACAGGUCUUGUAAACCAUGUGAAAUUGGGACUUCUUUUAGUGACAAACGCGGAGGAAUUUGCCGGAACUGCACUGAGUGUGAACGAGGUCAGUUUAUAAGAAGACAGUGUUUGCCUUAUAAAGAUACAAGGUGUAAAACCUGUCCUAAAGGAACUUAUUCGUUAGACGGAGAAAGUUUUGGGUGUAAAUUCUGCUCAGUUUGCAAAGAACAUGAAGAAGAAGUAUCGCUUUGUACUCCACUGCAGAAUCGAGUGUGUAGGUUAAAAGAAGAGGAUUAUUCCAACAUUACCAACCCUUGGGAUUCCGGAAUACCAGAAUACAGCACGGAUUUUAAUUUUGCCACACGACUCGUCCUCAUAGCUCUCUUAAUAUUUAUCUCUUGCACCUUCGUUAUCUUCUUGUUUGCAACUGUUUUACAAACAAUCAGCACUAGGUUCCCAAGUGUGAAGUGCUUCUUCAUUAUUUAGUGUAUAGACACGCAUACACAAAUGACUGUUCGGCUUUCAUAUACGUGAUAAGACAUAAAUACCCCUCAUAUCGUACAAAAAGCAUAAUACAAAAUAUAAAACAC